AUGCCCGAUAGCGCAGAAAGCCAAUCUAUUAAACUUGAAAUCAUUGGCGGAAAAAAUCUUCAAGUCCCCUCCUUGCGCAUGCCUGCAGGCAUUUACGUGUCCAUCAAUGUCGACUCAAGGAGACGCUGGAAAUCAGCCAUCAGCGUCUUAUCAUUUGACGAAUCCGUAGUGUGGGGAGAUACCAUGACCCUAUCAUCACACGAGUCACCUGCGUUAUCAGUGGAGAUCAGAGCAUCUUACGAGGUCGACCGAACGCUUGGCAAUGGCGAAGUCAUCGGAAAACUUCAAACAUCGUGGAAUGAGUUGCUCGAUCAUGGAGAUGAACCAUUCGAACUGUCCUUCCCACCCGUUCUCGGUGUCACUCCUUCGCUCACGCUGAAGGCCGCUGUUGUACACGCUUGCGACAAUCAGGACAGCGCACUAUUUGACUCCCUCGUAGACUGCGAGAUUGCUCGAGAGACAGAUGCGGGCCACGCACGAUAUGCCGAAUACAUGACCACCAAGGCAGUCUCUCACCUGAACGACGCUUUACAACAUUUUCAGUUGGUUCUGGACCGCUGUCCGGUCGACCAUCCUGACCACGCAGCGGCUCUCACCAACCUCGCGUGGGCCCGCCUGCAAGGCUACAUUCAAAACGAUCUGCAAGACAUCGAUACCACUUCCCUAUUCCGUGAAGCCCUUGCGUUGCGUCCGCAGGGCCAUCCCGACCACAUAUCAUCUCUCUUUCAUCUCAUUUUCUCCUUGAACUCGCGCUACAUCAAGGAGCGCACCGCCGUGUUCAUUCACGAAUCCCUGCAGCUGUGCUGCAAGCUACUGCCGCUCUGUCCAGAGGGCACCUACCUUCGUAGCAUGCGCGUAGACGGUACGGUCGAUUAUGUGAUUGUGGAAUGCGUCAGUCUUCCGAUUGAUGCAUCUGACGAAGGCAUCCACCUUCGACGAGUCCUGCUCGAGCUUCUCCCCCUGGGCCAGAAAUACCGUCCCUUGACCCUCGACGGGCUUGCACAGUCACUCUUAACACGGUUUCAACAACGGGGCAGCAUUGAUGAUCUAGAAGAGAGCAUACAACUUCGUCGUGAAGCCGUUUCUCUGUGCCCCGAGGGACAUUCUGACCAUGGUGAAUACCUGAACAACUUGGCCCUCUCACUCCAAUUCCGCUUUGAUCACCAAGGCAAAUCUCAUGACCUCGACGAGGUCAUCUCCAUGUACGAAGAAGCGCUGCGCCUGAGUCCUGUUGGGCACACAUUUCGUGAUUUACCAUUGGGCAACCUAGGGAGCGCCCUCCACACCCGUUUCAACAAACACGGUGACGUUGAUGACAUCAACCGAGCUGUCAGCCUCUAUCGCGAGGCACUGUCGUUGCGCCCACCUGGGCAUCCACGUCGUGACACCACGCUUAACAACCUUGCCCUCGCGCUCCAAGAGAGAUAUGACGAAUUGCAUGUCAUCGAGGAUCUUAACGAGGCCAUUGAUCUGUAUCGCGAAUCCCUUCUGGUCAUACGGCUUGAUAAUCCAGAGCGCCAUAAACAACUUUACAAUUUGGGCUCGGCGCUCUGCUCUCGUUUCAUGCUAACUCCGAAGGAUAUCGAUGUCGAGGAGGCUAUUCGACUCUGCCAAGAGUCGUUGGUGGUUUUGCCACAACUCCACCCUGACAGGCACUACUCAUACUUCAUUCUACAUGGCGCAUAUAUAUCUCGUUACCAGGUUCAGCACAAUCCUGCUGAUUUGUCACUCGCAAUGGAGAACUUCCGGCUGGCAUCCCGACACCCUACUCAAGGAUUUCCGAACCGUCUCAUUGAGGCAUAUUAUUGGACUGUCGCAGCGGAGCAGCAUGCUUCUGGAUGCUCAUUUGGGAAACGAUCAUCAACCACCUCGCGCCGCGAAGCUGCCGCUGCCUUCCACUAUGCAAGAUCACUACCUGUAGACGCAGCAUCGUGUGCCAUCCGCAGUGACAAUCUCCGGCGUGCAAUCGAACUUGUGGAGCAGGGACGUGGCCAACAGUGGUCAUUGGCCUCUCGUCUCAAGUCUCGAGUCGAAGACCUCGAAUCGGGGCAUCCACAUCUAGCCCGCAAUUUUUUGGAGCUGAGCAAGCGCGUUUCCGACGCCGCUCAGGGUUCUGCAACCAUCACCGACAGACCUGCAGCUGAAGUAGCAGAAACAAAGUACAGGAAAAUUACGACGCAAUGGGAAGCCGUGGUAGCUGAAAUCCGUAAUCUUCAAGGUUUCUCGCGGUUCCUACUUCCACUUUCAUACGAAGACUUGCAAGCAGCAGCACGCAAUGGACCGGUCAUCAUCCUCAUUGCCAGCCAAUACUCGUGCAACGCCAUUGUUGUCCCGACCUCAGGAGAGCCCCACCAUAUUCCCUUGUCGUCUGUCACUCUCUUAGAUCUGGAGAAUCUCAAGGGUCGCUUCGCCAGAGCGAUACAGCUAGCAUCUCGCAUGGGCCUAACGGAGUCGAGGUCGGACCUAAUAGUCCUAUUGCGAAUAGUAUGGGACAAUAUCAUGCUACCCAUCGUCAACGUACUUGAGCAUGUCCUCGAAUUAAAGCGAGGGUCGCGAAUCUGGCUGUGUCCAACUGCAGCUUUCACUUCUAUUCCUCUCCACGCAGCUCAUCCGUUUCAAAUGAAGGCGGAUCGCUCUGGGAAGGAGCCAUGCCUGGAGGAUCUCUACAUAUGUUCUUACACGCCGACACUUUCGGCGCUGAUCAGAUCUAGGCAGAUGAUGAAGAAACGUCGUGUACCUCCAUCCUUUGUGGCGGUUGGACAAGGUCAACCGAGUGGAGGGAAUGGCAAGGAGCUCUUAGCUGUCGAUAGCGAGCUCGAGCUUGUCAAUAAGCUCGUCCCCGCGACGGCCAAUCGUUCCACUGUUUCUGGCGAAGCAGCCACUCGAGCAGGUGCACUUGAAGCCCUGGAACAGAACACCUGGGUGCAUCUCGCAUGUCACGGCAAACAGGACCACAAACAGCCUUACGAUUCUCAUUUCGUCAUGAAGGACGCACCUCUCACGCUGCUCGACAUCAUGGAGAAAGACAUUCCGCAUGCUGAAUUCGCGUUCUUAUCAGCGUCCCAUACCGCCGUCGGCGACAGGGAGACGCCUGACGAAGUCAUCCAUCUCGCAGCUGGACUUCAGUUUUCAGGGUUCAAGAGCGUCAUUGGCACGCUGUGGGAGGUUGACGAUGCUGUCGCCAAACACGUCGUUGAAGCGUUCUACGAGAACAUGGUCAAGGAUGUGGAGGAUGGCGGGUUCAUGGACUGUACGAAGGCGGCUUGGGCACUGAACCGUGCUACUCACGCUGUGAAAACGAAAGUGCCGCUCGAGCAGAGAUUGGUUUUUAUUCAUAUUGGUGUGUAG